AUGACCAUUGAGAAGAAGAGACCAAACUUUUUGAUUAUCGUUGCUGACGAUUUAGGAUUCACUGACUUAUCUCCCUUUGGAGGUGAGAUACACACACCUAAUUUAGACAAGUUAGCUACUAAAAAUGGUAUCAGGUUAACUGAUUUCCAUACAGCAUCAGCUUGUUCACCUACUAGAUCAAUGUUAUUGAGUGGAACAGACAACCACAUUGCAGGUUUAGGACAGAUGGCAGAGUUUGCUUCGCGUCAAGGUGACAAAUUUAAAGGCAAACCUGGUUACGAAGGGUAUUUGAAUGACAGGGUGGUUGCAUUACCUGAGAUCUUGCAGGAUAAUGGAUACCACACAUUUAUUUCGGGCAAAUGGCAUUUGGGUUUGAAGGAACCAUAUUGGCCCAUCAAGAGAGGGUUCAAAAGGUCAUGGACUUUGUUGCCUGGUGCAGGUAACCACUACAAAUACAUUACACGAGAUGAAACAGGUGAACAGGCCCCAUUCUUACCCAACUACUACGUUUCUGAUGAUAAGGAGUUGAACCCAGAGGAGGAUCUACCUGACAAUUUUUAUUCAACCACAAACUUUACAAACAAAGCGAUUGAGUUUAUUGAUGAAACACCAGAAGAUGAACCGUUUUUUGGCUUUGUCACCUACACUGCACCACAUUGGCCAUACCAAGCUCCUCAGGAUAGAAUCGCCCAGUAUAAGGGUGUCUAUGAUUCAGGUCCUGAGGAGUUGCGUAGAAAGAGAUUGGCAAAGGCUUUAGAAUUGGGUAUUAUAGAAAAGGAUGUCAAGCCGCAUCCAAUUACAACAAUUCGUAAAGACUGGAAAGACUUGACUGAAGAAGAAAAAGCUGUGGAAACUAAAAUUGUCCAGACUUAUGCUGCUAUGGUUGAGAUUUUAGAUGAAGAAAUAGGAAGAUUGAUCGACCACUUGAAGAAAAAGAAUGAGUUGGACAAUACGUUUAUCUUGUUCAUGUCGGAUAAUGGUGCUGAAGGAAUGAUUAUGGAGGCGUUGCCAUUGACAAACAAGAGAAUUCAAACAUUCGUUGAGAAGUACUACGAUAACUCGCUUGAAAAUAUUGGAAAUUACAACUCCUUUACUUUCUAUGGUGACCAAUGGGCACAAGCUGCAACCGCGCCUCAUUCAAUGUACAAAGCUUGGUCAACUGAGGGUGCAAUUGUUUGCCCCUUGAUUGUUCAUUACCCACCAUUAUUGAAGGGCCAGGAGGGCAAAAUCUUCAAAGAAUUCACCACAGUGAUGGAUAUAUUGCCUACUGUUUUGGAUCUCGCUGGAGUUCAACAUCCCGGAUCAACUUAUAGAGGAAGGAGUGUUGCUAUUCCAAGAGGAAAAUCAUGGUCAAGCUACAUAUCAGGAAAGGCACCUUAUGUGCACGAUGAAAACACUGUAACUGGUUGGGAAUUGUUUGGACAACAAGCAAUCAGAAAAGGUCAAUACAAAGCGUUGUACAUCCCCAAACCAUUUGGUCCUGAAAAGUGGCAGUUGUUCAAUAUUAUUGAAGAUCCUGGAGAAACAGACGACCUUGCUGAAAAGAAGCCAGAAGUUUUGAAAGAAUUGACUGACCAUUGGGCAGUGUAUGCUGCCGAAACAGGGUUAAUAGAAUUAGGUCCUGACUUUUUUAAAGUAGAAAAGGGAUCUGGAGAAGCGCCAGUCUACAGGACAAUUGAAGAUAUCUAG